AUGGACAACUCCUCCGACGUUGGCUCCUUUGUUCUGGGGACGUACGGCGACUCAGGGAGCCUGAAGUACCUGUACUUCACGCUGGCGGCGAUCCUGUACGUGUCGGUCAUUUGUGCCAACACGCUGCUCAUUGUGGUCAUUUACCUGGAGGAGAGGCUGCACGAGCCCAUGUACCAGCUGCUGUGUGCCCUGUUUGUCAAUGAGGUGUACGGCAGCACAGCUCUGCUGCCCUGCCUCAUGGCUCACAUCCUGGCAGACACACACCACAUUUCUCUCUUUUUCUGCCUCCUUCAAAUAUUUAACAUCCAAACAUACGUGGAUGUUGAGUUCCGGACGCUGUCAGUGAUGGCGUUCGACCGCUACGCCAGCAUCUGUAGGCCUUUGCAUUACAACAGCAUCAUGACGAAGGGGAAGGUGCGGGUCAUCGUCCUUGUGGUGUGGGCAGCUUCCUUUGUACAGACUGGAGUGUUGCUGUCCUUUAUUGUGCGUCUGAGGUUCUGUGGAUCUGUCAUCAACAAGGUGUCGUGUGGCUACAACCUUGUCGUUGGACUCUCGUGUUCUGCAAACAGCAUCCUGCCGUUCCUCAACGACGUGGUGUCCGGCCUCAUCCUCGGCGUUGCUGCUCCUCUUUGCUUCAUCACGUUCACCUACGUGAGGAUUUUCUCUGUGUGUUUGAAAGCUUCCUCAGAAACCAGAGUCAAGGCUUUUGAAACCUGCAGCCCACAUUUAGUUUCCAUCAUGAGCUUCGUUUUCUCCUGCUUCUAUAAUCUCAUCAGUCCAAGAUUCAAUAUGACGUUUGUGCCACUGCAGCUGCGCAUCAUACUAUCGAUUUAUGCGUUUCUCAUUCAACCGAUUCUAAACCCACUGAUUUAUGGUCUCAAGCUGACAAAAAUCAGACACGCUUUAAAAAAGCUAUAGCACUAAAACAUUUGUAAUUGUUUCAUUCUUUCUUCUUCUGUGUUUUCAGUUAUUUAACAUUGGAGAAAUAAUUACAUUUUGUCUAAAUUUGGUUCAUUUGACAUCUCUUUGAG